AUGAGAACUCUACACCUGACGGUCUAUGACCCUGUGCGGAAAGUUUCAACCAGGGUUAUCAGACGCAAAUUAGCGCCUCAAAUAGUGGUUGUAGCGACCUUUUUGGUGUCCGACUUGAUGCACGAGCUGAUCUUAUUCUACAUUGGAAGAAAAAUUCCAAUUGGAAGCUCAUAUGCUUCUGUGUUUAACGGGGUGUGCUUGGCUAUCGAGUUUGCAGUGAAAAAGGAAGUGAACGGGAAAUUGAGGCAGCCAAGGAUUGUUACCAUGUCGGUGGUGGUUGCAGCGUUCUCUUUGGCUAUCAGUGUUUGGCAAUUCAUGUUGGUGGUAUUGAAACAUUUGGAACGUGGGGCACUGAGUAAUAACAGGGGGUCAUCCGUCAAUAGCCAAAAAUAA